AUGGGCAAGAGGAACAAAGGGCGGGGCGGACAGCGGAACCAGCAGCCCGCUCAGCAACGCCAGGUGCUGCCGCAGCCGCAGUGUCAGCAGCAGGCGCAGCAAGGGGAGGCGGACGGAAAGGCGGAGGAUGGGAAGAGGGAGGAUUCCGCGAGCGGCGCUGCGCAGAACGCGUCGCAGCAGCAAGGCUGCGGUGAAGAUGGGGUUGUGGCGGCCGUGCUAGUCCCUGUUGAAGCCAACUCGCCAAGCAACGUGCCCGUGGCAGCAGCUCUCCGGGGGUGCAACGAGGAGGGCAUGGGGGGUGAAGACGCGGUGGCGGGGGGCAGUGGUGGUGAGGGAGUGAUGGAGGGCGUGGCGUGGCAGUGGCGGCAGCUGCAGGCCAGCAUGGCGCAGCAGAUCGACACCAUGGCGGCACAGCAAGCAGCGGUGGCAGCCAGAGAGGCAGCCGCGGGGGAGAGGGAGGAAGGGGUGACGCAGAAGGAGGAGCGAGUGAGGGCGAGGGAGGAGAGGGUGAAGGAGAGGGAGGAAGGGGUGACGCAGAGGGAGGAGCGAGUGAGGGCGAGGGAGGAGAGGGUGAAGGAGAGGGAGGAGAAAGUGAGGGUGCGGGAGGAGAAGGUGAGGGCGCAAGAGGUGGAGUGGCAGAAGCAGAGAGGCACGGCUGCUGUGGCUGCCACGAUUUCUGGUGGCGGAAAAGUGGCUUCACAGGCGAAGAUGGCUGAUCUGUGCCGCAGGGAGCAGCAGCUACACGCAAACCAGGUGAGGCAUGUGCAGCUACACGCAAACCAGGUGAGGCAUGCGCAGCUACACGCAAACCAGGUGAGGCAUGUGCAGCUACAGGCAAACCAGGUGAGGCAUGUGCAGCUACAGGCAAACCAGGUGAGGGAUGUGCAGCUACAGGCAAACCAGGUGAGGGAUGUGCAGCUACAGGCAAACCAGGUGAGGGAUGUGCAGCUACAGGCAAACCAGGUGAGGGAUGUGCAGCUACAGGCAAACCAGGUGAGGCAUGUGCAGCUACAGGCAAACCAGGUGAGGCAUGUGCAGCUACAGGCAAACCAGGUGAGGGAUGUGCAGCUACAGGCAAACCAGGUGAGGGAUGUGCAGCUACAGGCAAACCAGGUGAGGGAUGUGCAGCUACAGGCAAACCAGGCAGCGGUGGCGGCGCAGCAGAGGCAGGUGUUUGAGGUGGAGCGGGAGCUGGCGGGGCGGGAGAGGGCUCUGCAGCAGGCCUGGGCUCAGCACCGCCUGCACCUGCAGACCAUUGGGUGGACUGCGGCACAAGGGGGCGGGGCGCAGGGGCAGGGGCAGGGGCAGGGGCAGGGGCAGGGGCAGGGGCAGGGGCAGGGGCAGGGGCAGGGGCAGGGGCAGGGGCAGGGGCAGGGGCAGGGGCAGGGGCAGGGGCAGGGGCAGGGGCAGGGGCAGGGGCAGGGGCAGGGGCAGGGGCAGGGGCAGGGGCAAGGGCAGGGGCAGGGGCAGGGGCAGGGGCAGGGGCAGGGGGGACAGGGAUUGCAACAAGAGAAGGAACAAGGGGGCGAAGUAACGGUUGUAGGUGCGCCUGUGGCUGCUGGCUCGACUGGAAGGAAAGGGGAAGGGGAAGGAGGUGAUGGGGCAUCGGAUGUGGGAAGGCCGAAGAGCAGUGAGGGGCUUGUGGGACUGCAAGAGGGGGGAGGCAGUGGAGGGGACAGGGAUGUGGGUGCAGGGAGUGGUGAUUUGAGCUUAGAUGAUGCUGACGGUGCUUUUGCUGCUACCAGUGCUGCUGGUGUUGCUGGUGCUGCUGGUGCUGCUGGUGCUGCUGGUGGUACUGGUGCUGCUGGUGGUACUGGUGCUGCUGAUGCUGCUGGUGCUGCUGGUGCUGCCAGUGCUGCUGGCUUGGAGGGGGGCGGGGAGGGAGGGGCGAGAGCAGAGAUGGUGGGGGCAAGAGAGGGGAAGUCGGGAAGGGAGGGGGAAAAGGUGGAGGAGAGGCGAGGGUUGGCUGGGAAAGGGGAGCAGCAGGUGGGAAAAAAAGGGACAGAAAUGGAGGGGGAAGAUGAUGCAGGUGGUGCUGCGGAGGAAAGAGACGAGGAGCAGCAAAAGGUUGAGGAGGUUGGCAUGGAGUCAGACGCAGGAGGAGGGAGGGAUGCAGUGAGGGAUGGCAAUGAGGGUGUGGGAGGCCCCAGGGGGGCCGCAGAGGCAGAGAAAGAAAUAGAGGAAGAGAUGAGGUUAGGAGGUCAGGAUAGGGCUGUGACGGGGGGUGGAGGAGCGGUGCAAGAGAAGGGGUCUAAAGAGGGGGCGAUGGAGGGAGAGGGGAGGGACGGAAACGAGGCACGGGUUUUUGUGAACGUGAGAGAGGAGGCUGAGGGAGGAGGCGAGGGGGAGCAGCAGGGAGAGGAAGAGGUGUUGCGAGAGGGGAACAGGGGGAGAGGGGGGGUUGGGUCAUGGGGACAAGGGGGAGCAGAGGUUUGGGGAACUGGACAAGGAUUGGACAGGGAAGGAAGGGAAGGGGGAGAAUGGGGAUUGGGAAAGGGAGUAUCGAACAGAGUGAAAGAGGAGAGAUGGGCGGAGGGAGAGAAGGCCGAGUUGAGAGAAAGAUUUGAGGAGGGAUGGGGUGGGGGAGGGGAAGGUGCAUGGGGAAGCGAACAAGAGGAGGAAUUAGGAGGUGAGAGAAAAAGAUGGAGAGCGGAAGGAGGAGGAGGAUGGGGAGUGGAUGGGGAGGGGAUGACAGGAGGAGCGAGCGAGAGUGGAUGGGGGCGAGGAGGUGGGGAGAAUCAGUGGGGCAGGGAAGGGAGCGAGGAGGGAUGGGCAAGGGGGUAUGGUUCGUGUGCACAGGGGAGGUCAGGAUGGGGCAUGGGGGAGAGUAGUUUGGCUCAGGGGAGGGGUGAGGAGCAGCAGAAGGGGGAGCAGCAGGGCGAGGAUGGGUGGGAGGGGGGUGCGGACGCGGGAAGGCCAGGGGAGAAUGGGAGGAAGAAGAGGAGGGCCAAGGCGAAGAGGCAGAGGCAGGAGCAGCUGCUCACGUGUGGACUCAACUGGGGUCGUGCAAGCGCAAGCGGGCAAGGCGAGGUGUUCACGGGGGGUCAUGCUCCCGGCCCUCCUCCUCCUGCUCCUGACGCUCCCCCUCCUGCUCCUGGCGCUGCUGAUAAUUCCCCCCUUGCGCUGCCAGCUCCCCUUCCUGCAGCAUCAGUGUUGCCAGUUGGCCGUGCGAGGGACGCGGGAGAGGGGGAAGGAGCAAGGGCGGAGUCAUGUGGGCAGGCGGGAGGGCACCAAGUUGGGGGGGGUCAGAGGAGGCCGAAGCAGGAGGAGGAGGAGUGGGAAGGGUUGGGAAUGGGCGUGCAGGGUGAUGGUGAUACUGGGAGCAUGCUGCUGAACUAUAGUGCUGCUGCUGAGCCAGGAGCCUCUGGACCAGCAGCAGCAACAACGGGAGCACAAGUGAAGGUCGAAGCAGUGGUGACUGUAGAAGCAGGCACAGCACAGGCAGCAGCAGCAGAGGCAGGUGCAGACGUGGCAGCAGGUGUGGGGACGGGCGCGCAAGAGUGCAGGGUGGCAGUGAAAAUGGAGGCAGUGGGUGGAGAUGCAGAGAUGCAGGGAGGAGGCCGUGAGGGCUGGACGUGGGAUGGGUGUGGUGGAGGUGUGGCGGGAACAAGGCAAGGAUUGGGAGGUGCGAUGGAUGAAGGACAAGGGGGCUAUGACGAACAGAAGCAGGAUCAGGGGCAGGGGCAGGGGCAGGGGCAGGGGCAGGGGCAGGGGCAGGGGCAGGAACAGGGACAGGGGAAGGGGGCAGCGUGGAGAAGGAAGCAGAAGAGAAAGAGGAAGGCAGCUGCCAAGGCAGCAGCAGCGGAAGCAGGGACGAGCGAGGCCAAGGAGGCAAAGAGCCACGGCACAGCAGCGGAAGCGCUGGAGUCAGACGCACCGGGGCUGCUGCAGGUGCUGCAGCAGAGGGGGCUGCUGCGCGGCAUCCAGCUCUUCGACCUCGCCUUCAUGCGCUCAGCAGGAACAGCAGGACCACCAGAAGCAGCAGCAGCAGAAGCAGCAGCAACCGGCAGCAGUGAGGAGCAGCCGCACACGGCCCCCCACGCUGGUCUCCUCCCCUCUCAGAGGGGCGAGCUGGGGGACGGGGUCGGUGGGACUGAUGUCAGCUGUGGCAACGGGAUGGCGGGGCAGAGGGGGGAGAUGGGGGUGGAUGGGGUGGAUAGGGUGGAUGGCGAGGGGCAGGCAAGGUGUAAGAUGGAGUGGGAUGAGGGAGGGGUGGGUGCUGGGCCUGGCGUUUGGACAGAGCUUGAGUGCACGCACUCUGGUGAUGCUGUGGCAAUGCCUCAAGCAGAAGCAGCAGCAGCAGGAGGAGGAUCAGGAGCAGGAGAAGCAGCAUCAGCGCCAGUGGCAGUGCCCUCUGACUUCUCCGACCUGCAGAGGAUUCUGUCCCGGCUCUACUCGCACACGUGGGAGCGCCUGCCAGGGCAGGUGGCGGGGGUAGGGGGCGGAGCAGGAGCAUGGAAUCGGCCAGCGUACUGCGUGGAGAACCUCGUCGCUCUCAUCACCCAGGCGCACGCGGUGCAGCAGGCGGGGUGGCAGGUGUCGUGGGGCUGGUGUGGGGCCAUCCGCUGCUUCCUCUUUGUCUUCCCAGACCACAACAGGAUCAUAUUGGAGGCGCCAGAGUACGGCAAGGCGACCUACUUCUUUGAGCUGGAAGCGGGGGUGGCGGUGCGCUGGCAGCUGCAGCGCCUGCUCGCUGUCUUUGGCGCCGCCUCUGUGUCGCGCAUCGACGUCAUCACCAACCUGCCUCUUGAGGUCCACACCUCUCAAAUUGCUGCCCACCUCGUGUGCCUCCGCAGUCCCAUACCUCCCCUCACUUCCCUCUUCCUUUCUGCCACUUUUGAGAAUGAUAAAAAGCGUCUCUUCCUUUCUUCCCGCCAGGUGGGAGUGGACCUAUCGGAGGAGGAGGCGGGGCGGUUGGAGCGGUACGGGUGGGUGCGGGGCACGGGCAUCGGCGAGCUCCUCAACUUCUGCCACCGCCUCCGCCACGACUACUCCUUCCCUGGCGUGGGGCAACGGAGCUCGGAGGAGGGGCGAGAGGUGGAGGCAGCAGGGUGGGUGCAGAGCAUAGAGGAGUGGAAGAGGCGCAUUGCCCUGCGGCUGAGGGAGGGGCGGCAGCAGGGCCGGUGCUCCCGCCUGCACCGCUACUGCCAGCAGCGUGCCUCACAGCACACUCAUGCUCUCAAAAGUGGUCUGCACAAUGGUCUGCAGGCCGAUGGGCACGGGGUGUUUGAUGCGAGCAGAGGGUCUGUUGGGGCUGCCGUGAUGCCGUCAACUCAGAAGUUCCCGGAAACUGCUGUAGCAGCUGGAGUCACUCCUAUGGCUGCCCCACUGCAGCAGAUUGACUGUGAUCUUGCUCGACACUCGCUGCAGCAUGAGAAGCAGCAGCGGCAACAGCAAGCGCAAAACCCGCAGCAGCAGCAGCAGCAGCAGCAGCAGCAGCAGCAGCAGCAAGCGCAAAAACAGCAGCAGCAGGGUGCAGUGAAAGAGGAGGAUUCUGAUGACGACCUUCCCUUGCAGGCCCUUGUGCGGCAACACCAGCAGAAAAAGACAAGGCGCGAGCAGACGCAGCAGCAAGGGCAGAAGAAGGUUGAUGGGAGGCAGGAAGGGAAAGAACAAGAAUGUGAUGCUGCAGGCAAGAAUACUGGAAGCAGGGGUGCAUUGGGGAGCACAGGAGGUGCCUGUAAGCACCAAGGACUGCUGUUGCAGAGGCCGAGUGAGAGUGCAGCAGAUGGUGCUACAGUGACCCCUGCAGUUGCUGCCACGACUGCAGCAAUAGGUGCUGUGGUGCACGUGAUAGGGACCUCAGUUCACAGUGUGACAGGCAGUGCUGCAGGUGCAGACAGCAAAAGCAAUGUGUUGUGCCAGAGGACGGAAGAGGCUGGAGACAAAGAGGGCGUUGACGCCGCCCGCGAGGAGGCACAGAGGCUGCUUAUAGCGGGAAUGGAGGCAUGGGAAGGGGUGGAUGCAAGGGGUCCUCUGGACGAGUGGGUGGAGGAGGAGGAGGAGGAGGAGGAGGAGGAGGAGGAGGAGGAGGAGGAGGAGGAGGAGGAGGAGGAGGAGGAGGAGGAGGAGGAGGAGGAGGAGGAGGAGGAGGAGGAGGAGGAGGAGGAGGAGGAGGAGGAGGGAGUGAUGGGUGGAGAGGUGGAAAUGGCAGGUGAAGGAGAAAUGGGAGAGGGCGGUGGGGAGAUGGAGGGGCUGGCGAUGCAGGCUGGGAUGUGCAUGGCAGCAAAUGUCGUGGUUUGA